CUUUCUGAUAAAUGAAAUUAAAGCUUCUUCGGUGAUGAGUGUUCGACGUUUCAUCACAGAUUCCUGAUCCAUCGUGUACCGCCACGUUACAUCUUGAACUUCAUCUCUGGAGAAAGCGAUAAUAUUCAUCUCGUCAUCCUCUCUAUGUAGGGGAGCAUAGCCAAGGCCAUAGAAGGUAGACACAGGUGGUGGUUGUACUGGGAUGGUGUUGGUUAUGUCGAGGGUGAUGAGCCUGGUGCGCCGACGGUGGUUGGCGGUGAAGCUCAGGAAGGCGUUCGAAGCGGUCGGAAACGAUGGUAGACGUAUACGCGUCCAAUCUACCCCCAUGUCCUCUAUAUUUCACGGGAAUGGUGGCGACCGAUACGAUACGCUUGCGCGAAUAUCGCGGGGUUGGUUCGCAUCUCGUACGGCAGUCUUAUUCGAGUGUCCUUCAGGAACGGAAGGCUGUCCGAGGAUUCGUAAUCGACUAAUCCUCGCGGUUACUCUUUCCACCCUAUCCUCGUUCUCUCUUACCUGAACCUAAUGUACCUGCCUGCUUACCUAUUUGCUAAUUUGACCAUCUCCAAAGCUUAGUACAUACCUAUCCGUUUAUUAACUAUUGUUCCGGAACCGGAAUUCCUGGUGCGUGCCAUCAGCAACUAUUCUCGGAUAAGAAUCCUCGAGAAUUUAAACUCAACAUCCUCCGGAUUCCAAUGAUUCUGUUGUAAACGCCCAGUAUUUACUGAUCGAACCUUCCUCCGUUUUGGGAAAAAGAGGACAAUGGAACACGAGAAAGAUUCUACCGUAUUCAUUCACGUCUCCCUUCCGUCUUCAACCGGAAACGUGACUUGAUUCUGUGCUUUUACUCUGGAGGUUUCUAUACUCUGAAGCUUUGUAACUUUCAUAAGGUGCGUGUCGCGUUUUUCAAAUUUCCCGCUUUUUUUAAAACCUUAAUCCUAUCAUUUAAAUUCUCCUAAUUCCAAUCAUUUUGCACAAUUUCCCAAGUCCUUCUAUUCUUCGCCAAUAGUUCUUAAAACCUGUGGAGUUAUACGUAGUGGAAGUUGAACAAGAGCUUAUCCGUCGGCUGCUCGUCUCUCUUAACGCUGUCGUAUAAAAUGAUGAAAACUUAAGGAUAAACAAGUAAAGGACUAAAGACUUGCAAGCUUAGGAUAUGAGAACGAUUGUGAUGUCGUUCUUGCAGUAAGAAAUAGUCUGUAAAAUUGGUGACAUAAUUUAACACUGGGGGUCCUUUGUAAAAUAAGGCUUUAUCACGGAACUGCGCGCUAUUAUACUCGGCUGUGUGUGAGUGUAUGAAUUCUGCGAGAAAUGGGACUUUCUAGGUGGAGUCCGGGGACGGGCUCUUUCGGGCCGGUCCCCCUUUGAGCACUCGCGACUACUUCACCAAGGAAGAAGAACAAAGGGAGAAGAGAAUACGAUUUUUGUAAAAGACAGAGAGACAGCGAAGUUAUAGACCAGCUCUAAGUAUAAACAGAUGUAACGGAGAACACAGUGAAAUAUAUUCAACUAUUAUAAUUUGGCGUUAAAUAUAUAUCGGGUAUAAAACAGUCAAUGUUCUUCAAGAAAUUAAAUGUCACAAUCUUAAUUAUCAUAUGCUUAUCUACAGCUGUCUUAAACACGUAUAGCGUGCAAUAGCACAGUUUACGUAUUACAUAUUUCGCAGCAGACAGAUCGAUCGAGAUAUCUCAGAGAUCCCUAAUCAAGAGAGAGAAAGAGAGAGAAGGAAAAAGAAGUAAAAAGACGAGUAGGAAUAAGUGGAGCAGAACAGAAGUGAAAAAUAAGAAGAAUAGAAAAUGAAGGGCUUACUGUUGGCAUUGGGGCUCCUAUUCGCUGGACCUGCUCGCUGCACGACCGAUGACGAUAAUCACGAGGAUCUUGAACUGGAACCUUUGAAUCGGGGACCAUAUUUUGACGUCUCGGCGUCGCACAACGUCACGGCGCUCGUCGGCAAAACGGCUGUGCUCAAUUGCCGUGUACGAAAUUUGGGAGAUCGUACGGUAUCCUGGGUGAGACAUCGGGACAUUCACCUGCUGACCGUCGGUAUCGACACCUACACCUCGGAUCAGAGAUUCAUCGCUUCCCACUUUCCCAGGACUGAGGACUGGACCUUGCAAGUCAAGUAUCCGCAACGUCGUGAUUCUGGUAUCUACGAGUGCCAAAUCUCAACCACACCACCUAUUGGCCAUUCUAUGCUUCUCUCGGUUGUCGAGCCCAUCACGACCAUCAUCGGAGGACCGGAUAUAUACAUAAAUAGGGGCAGCACCAUGAAUCUGACCUGCGUCGUGAGGCAUAGCCCUGAGCCACCCCCGGCGAUUUACUGGACGCACAACAACGAGGAAAUCAAUUACGACAGUCCACGAGGUGGCGUAUCGGUUAUCACAGAGAAGGGUGAGAUCACGACCUCGUACCUCCUCGUGCAGCGUGCCCAACCGGCGGACAGUGGACAGUACACGUGCCACCCGAGUAACGCCAACACGGAAGCAGUCUCGGUUCACGUAUUAAACGGGGAGCAUCCGGCUGCCAUGCAACAUGGUGGACAGUUGAGACUAGCAAACCCACCUUUUGUCAUCUUCUUGGCAAUCUCCCUGACGUUUCUCAAUCAUCGUUGAGCGACGCGUAGACGUCGCGGUGCGACGGCAAAGAAGGGUUGCUGGAAAGCUCGCGCAAGGGAGAAAGAUAGGGACGACAGGGUGGAAUUUUAAGCGAACGAUAAGGCCUCCCUUCAAGUACCGAUAAGACACGGGCUGUUUUUAUCAAUCCCCUCUUCCUGAGCUUAGAACGCCUAUCCCGUGCUCACGCAGCCCAAGGCUCAGGCCUCUGCCUUUGGUUUCCACUGGAAGUCCCUCAGCUCCUGCACGCGCGCCUAACCAACCAUACAACCAUUAAACCAACUAUCCAACCAACCAAGCACGUUCCUUUAUCUUCCGUUUACUGCUCCUGGACAAUCUCAAAUCUUUCCAAGCCCUGAAGUACCCAUUUCCCGUACGUCCGAGCAGUGUUAUGCACGGCGAGGGUGCGAGGGUGCGGAGUCAGAGUAAGCGUCGACGGGGUAAUGUACAUAUUUUGGCUCGAGGGUGUCUGGACGUUCUCGUGUACAAUCGACAAGGCAAAUCCGUAUCUUGGAUAGUACACGUCCUGUUGUGUACAUUCUACUCGAGGUCUGAGGUGUGAUGCAUUCCUCAAUAUCGAGGGUGUCAACGUGUAGGGGUGCUCGGUACACAAGAUAUACACCGCAUCCCCUAGAUGUGUUUCCUCUUGGGAGAGUCAACCCCUUUAGUAACACGUCCGUACCCAGGCACCCUCCAGUCAGACGAUAGCGGAGAGCGCUCGCAGAGGUGGAAGGUUACCUUUGCACGCUAUCCUGUAUACUUAAUAGACUCGUAGACAUAAAUCCAGAUUUAAGUGCAGUUUAGAGCAUAAUGCCUGGCAUUACAAUUUCUUCCCAUUACGAGCUACUACCUUUCGUACCUUCCCUGAACCUUCUCACCUCCCCACUGCUCUACAUCCCCCCUCUGCAUUACCUACCUACCGUAACCCAUCUGCCAACCCUCUACAACUAGCGUUCCCCUUUGGCGCUACUUUUCUCUCUCGCUCAUCCUCCUCCUAUCUACCCUCGUUUUCGUACCUUUUAUUUGACCGCCACUAGGCUCUACCAUCAGCAUCAGCAUCACCAUCACCAUUGCCAUCGCGACCAGAACCAGUAGCAGCCAGGCCAACGGCUGUACCAGUAGAACUAGGAUUGGAAUCUGUAAGGCCAUUAGCAGACUACUCGUUCUUGGGAGAACGAGACGUUCCGAGAGCUAAAGAUGGAUGGAGAGAAUGUAAACUAUGAGAGAGAGAGAGAGAGAGAGAGAGAGAGAGAGAGAGAGAGAGUGCGUGAGUAUCUGUACGUAUGUACGUAUAUAUUUGUAUGUAUGAGGACGCAAGGCAUAACGGAAUGAAAAGGAGGGAAACUGUAAUAGCGAAUUGUAAAUAUGAGACUGCGCAAGAUUGUAAAAGGGGACAGAACUAACAGAUUAUGUAUCUAAUAUUCGUUGGGAGAUUAUGGCGUAUUUAUUGAACCUAGCCAAAAGAAGAAUGUGUAUAUGCGUAGCUUUAAAGAAGAGCGACACUUUUUAUCCCCGGUCACAGUGUCGCAAUGUCACAAUGUCCAUACCACCUCCUGCUUCGUUCAUCCCUGAUGACGAUUAUUGCCAUGGGGACGUUGGAGCUACGUGGCGGGGGUGACGCUACGUGAGAGAUGCUCAUAUGAAAUAAAUCGAGGUACGUACGUGUUGAUACCAGAGAACGAG